ACCUGGUUAGCUCGGGUGCGGCCUUUCCCCUUCGUCUAUAAAGCCACUAGAAAUCUACUUCUGCCGAACAUUCACUCGGCGCUUCGUCACUCAUUUGUUCACCAUGUGGCUGUUAAUCCUCGCAGGUCUUUUAACGGUUUCCGUGGGCGAGGAGACGAUUUCAAAUGCAGCUGAAAAAGUGAAAACCUCCUCUGACAAUGUAGGCGACAUUGUCAUGUUGGAAAUCGAUGUCAAGGAGCCUGUGAAGAGAUCACCGAUUUCAGCCACUGCCGAAUAUGGUGCUCCAACCAAUCAGUACAUUCUUCAAUCAGCUGAUAAUUCUCAAGAGUUACCACCGGAGUAUUUAUCUCUACUACAACAAUAUGCGCAAGAAGCACCACAACCUCAAGCGCCACCCCCUCCACGAAGAGUGCAGCCAGCAUAUGCGAAACAACAACAAGCGUUGCAGCAAGCUUACUACAACUAUCGAAAACCAGCAGUAGUACCGCCCCGACCUCGUGCUCAUCUUCAUCCUCAGGCUUUAGCUCAAGCCGAAGUAGCCGCAGAAAUUCAAGCUCAAGUCGAUGCUCAAACUCGUACAGAAGCCAUUCGCACCGCUCGUUUGGGAUCGAAACCAUCGGGUGCUUCCGCGUAUCAAGCGUCAGCUUAUGCCCAACCAAAGUUGGGGACGUUCGAACAAGAACUAUUGCAAUUGGUCUCGGCUAAUCAAGCUCAAGAAUUUAAAUUACUUCCAACUCAACCUAAAGGAAGUACAUCCGCAUACUCGCAACAAUUAGUAAGCUAUCCAGCUCAAUAUGCGAAACCAACCGUGGAAGCGGCUCAGUUACCUGAACAGUACCAUAUCGAAACUUCACCGCCACGAUAUCAACAGCAACAACAACAACAGCAGCAGCAACAACAGCAACAACAGCAACCGGCACCCACUUAUCAGUCGGUUGAUGAACCCGUUCAAUAUCAAGCAGCUCAGCCUGCCAAAGCGUACAAUUCGCCGCCGCAGUAUGAUUAUAUCGACGACGAUGCAUAUCGAAAAGCCUUGGAACAGGCCCAAGCUCAAGCUCAAGCUCAAGCGGAAGCAGAAGCGUUAGCCUUUCAUAAACUUGCGCAAGCUGCGUACAAAAAUCAUCACCAAGAUGCAUUAGAGCACAUGAGACUGACAAACGAACGUUAUAGGCAACAGUCUGCACUGGAGCAGAUUCAACAAGGUUCUCAAGUGAGCGACGCUGGACGCGUUCACCUGCAAGAACAGCUGCGUCCAAAAGGCGCUGAUACUGCUUACAGGGCGAAAUUGAAAGCUCAGAUAGCCGCGGAAGCAGCCGAGGCAAGGAAGCUGCAACAUGCGCAAGAAUUUAAGGCACACGCCGAUGCUAUUCGUAAACACGAAGCUCAACAACAGGCUCACCUGAGGAUACAGGAGGAAGUUCAUAACUAUGCUCUGAAUUUCGAGAAAAAUCAAGCGCGCGCUCAAGCUGUGGCACAAGCUCAGGCGGAGGCUCUUUACAAGUCUCAGCUUCAAGCUCGCAAUCAGGUUAAGAACGAAGUCCUGGCGAUCUCGAAGGGCCAGGUGCAAGCAAAGAAAGUCGAUCCAGACUUAUCUGUGUAUCAUUAUACACUCUCAACUACAACUGCCCUUCCUCUACUUCAUAACAGUUAUUUCACCAACGAUCAGUUGCAGAAAUAUCAAACGUCCGGUUCUUCCUAUGUUCCUAGAUCAGUUCCAAAACCGGACGAUGUAAGCCCCGUUGUUGAAACGGCCUCAGCUCAGGUGCAACCUGUUAUCACGCAACCACGGCAAGCUCAUAAGUUGAAGGUUCCUUCGUCUUCUCAAUCGCUUUAUGUGUCCGAAUCGGGCUUGCUGAAAAAAUCGCCGAUCAAGUCGAUAACUAUCGAAGAGGUAACCGUCCAGCCGGAUCAAAUUGGUAAUCCUUCGCCUACACCUAAGAUACGUACCUUGACAGAGGAAGAUUUAUCGGCAUUAAUUAACGCAGGAUAUACGGUUACUCCUGUCUCGCAACCUGCGAAAUCUAUUCAACAAAUAUAUUCAACCGACAACGCAUCUGUGGGUUACUAUACGAAGAAGCAAAAAGCUCCUGUUACAAGACCUGAAUAUGUUACCUACGAGGAAGUAAUUCAACGUCCACGGAAACUCGUUAGAAAAAAUAGGCCGAUACUGAAACACAGUGAGAAAGAAGAUGAUCUGAGUGAAAAAGUUACUUAUUUGGUACCACUCGAACCAGUUUUCGGAACGAGACAACCUCCGCUCAAACACGAAGAGUAAUUUCGCUUGAAUUCGGCAUUUCUUUCUUGUCGUCGUUGCGUUGUAAGUCCAGGAUAAUGCAGCAUGUAGUUUAAAUACUGUUCUUAUAGUCUAUCUCUCGUCUUUGAUUCCAUACUGUAGUAAAAAUUACAUAUUCGAAUUGUAAUUGCAUUGAAUUUAUUUUUAUUAAGAUACGAUUUCUCAUGAAAAUUGAUUUAUCAAACGUCAACUUACAAAAUAAGAAUUGUAAGAUUAACUUCAUAACAUAGCGGUGAUUUAAUUUCUAGAUGCAAUGUGAACAGUUCUUCGUAUUUCUCAAUCUAUAUUUUCCUGUCAAUAUCUUUUCCAGCUUUACGCAUAUUUAUAUUACUUUGAGCAUGAGUUACUUUAAGACGAAUGAUUAAGAUAUUAAAUUUUCCUCGAUAUAUCAUUUACGGUCUAAAAUUCAAAAAAAUUCGAAGUCAUGAAAUGUAAACUUUUUUACGUAGUGUCAAUAAAUAUUGUGUCAAAGUUCUCGAAAAAUAAAUACGUAUAUAGAUUGUAAUAGAUAAAUUUUAUGGCGUAAAUGAGUAGAAUACUUUUAUACGCAAAAUCAUUUGCAGGCGGUAUGUGUGACGGUGCUGAGUCCAACCCUUUUUAAUUUAUACUUAUUAUACUUGUAUAUAUUAGAUUUUUACCGAAUAAAACAAUUCAAAAAUUUU